AUGGAAUCUAGGCAAGAUGUGGGCUUCCAGUGCCUCCCUGAUCCACAGGAACUGUGUUUCUCUGAUUCGGAUAGCGAAAUGCUAGAUUCAUUUUAUCAUAUCCCUGAAGUUCCGCCACCUAAAGAUCUUUCUGAUACGGCAUCUUAUGUCAUAUCUUUGUUCAUUGCACAUGUUCCUGAUUACCCACCUUUUGAUGAUGUUUUUAACUCUCCUAAUUCUGUAGUAGAUGCAAUUAUAUCCAAUUCUGAAUUUCAUGGGAUUGCUAGUGAUGUGUCUGAUGUACUGAUGAAUGAUUCUAUUGGGCUUGAUAGUGAUAGUCCGAGCAAUGAUAACCCUAAUUCUGUAGAAAAAGCAUUUACAACACAGAUGUAUUACUCUUCAGAUGACUCCUACAGUGGAGGUUCAUCUUGUAAUAGGCACUCUAGAUCUCCUCCAACACUUAGAGGCAGGAAGAAAGUUGCAAAGGUUAGGAAGGCAGCUUGGGAUUUUGAGAUAUGGAAUAAUGUGCCUCAAAGUGUCUGUGAAGAUGAGAAUACUACUGAGAGGGAUGUACAAUCAGAAGGAUUAGCUGCCUAUCAGAAUAGCAAGGUGAAAAAGUAA